CAGAGAGAGUGUGGCAGAGUCAGGGUUCAGACCUGAGCCAACUCCCCCUGUUUAUCGUGAGGAGCCAAGGAGGAGACCAGAACCAGAGCCGGUGUUGGAGGUGAGUGAAGCAGAGACUGUGAAGGAGUUAAUGGGGAAAGUGGAGGAGAGAGUUAUGAGGGAGUUGCUAGGUUGGUGCUUUAGGUACGAUAUUCGCCCGACGGAGCGUGUCGGGGAUUUGAUGGCACCUGGGUCAGCGCUCCAUACUCGUCCUGAGGUGCGUGUUAGUCGGCUGGUGAAAAUUGUGUCAGCCUCACGCACUAGGCCUCCUGUGUACCUACCUAGCCUUGCACGUCCUGUGCCAGUCCUGCUCUCAUGCUCUCCAGUACGCCUUCACGGUCCGGUCCAUCCUGUGCCACCUUUACACACCAGUCCUCCGGUGGCAGCUCCCCGCACCAGGCUUCCUGUGCGUGUCCUCGGUCCAGUACCACCAGUGCCAGCACCACGCACCAGGCCUUCAGUGCGCCUCGCCUGUCUAGCGCUAUCAGAGCCUUCCUCCUCUCCAGCGCUGUCGGAGUCUCCCGCCUGUUCAGCGCAGCCAGAGCCUUCCUCCUCUACAGCGCUGCUGGAGUCUCCCACCUGUUUAGCGCAGCCAGAGCCUUCCUCCUCUACAGCGCUGCCGGAGUCUCCCGCCUGUUCAGCGCUGCCAGAGCCUUCCUCCUCUACAGCGCUGCUGGAGUCUCCUGCCUGUUCAGCGCAGCCAGAACUGCCAGCCUGCAUGGAGCAGCCUGAGCUGCCAGCCUGCAUGGAGCAGCCUGAGCUGUCAGUCUGCAUGGAGCAGCCAGAGCUGUCAGUCUGCAUGGAGCUGCCAGUCUGCAUGGAGCAGCCAGAGCUGCCAGUCUGCAUGGAGCAGCCAGAGCAGCGAGAUCCGCCAGUCAGCCAGGAUCCGCCAGUCAGCCAGGAUCCACCAGUCAGCCAUGAUCUUCCAGAUCCGCCAGGCAGCCAGGAUCCGCCAGUCAACCAGACUCUUCCAGAUCUGCCAGUCAACCAGACACUUCCAGAUCCGCCAGUCAACCAGACCCUUCCAGAUCCGCCAGCCAGCCAGGAUCUGCCGGAGCCAACUACCUGCCUGAGCUUCCUCUCAGUGCUGAGCUUCCUCUCAGUGCUGAGCUUCCCCUCAGUCCCGAGCUGCCCCUCAGUCCUGAGUGUAACGGAUGUGAAACGGCUAGCUUAGUUAGCGGUGUGCGCUAAAUAGCGUUUCAAUCGGUUACGUCACUUGCUCUGAGACCUUGAAGUAGUAGUUCCCCUUGCUCUGCAAGGGCCGCGGCUUUUGUGGAGCGAUGGGUAACGAUGUUUCGUGGGUGACUGUUGUUGAUGUGUGCAGAAGGUCCCUGGUUCGCGCCCGGGUAUGGGCGAGGGGACGGUUUAAAAUUAUACUGUUACAUUGUUGCCGUGACCCGGAUUACUGGUUGCUGCCGAAAAAAGGAGGAAGGUCAAAAGGGGGGUGAGUGUAACGGAUGUGAAACGGCUAGCUUAGUUAGCGGUGUGCGCUAAAUAGCGUUUCAAUCGGUUACGUCACUUGCUCUGAGACCUUGAAGUAGUAGUUCCCCUUGCUCUGCAAGGGCCGCGGCUUCGUGGGUGACUGUUGUUGAUGUGUGCAGAAGGUCCCUGGUUCGCGCCCGGGUAUGGGCAAGGGGACGGUUUAAAAUUAUACUGUUACACGAUCUGCCCCUCAGUCCCAAGCUGCCCCUCAAUCCAGUGGGGUUCUGGGUGAGGACUACUAGGCCAUGGUCGGCGGCGAGGGUGGAUGCGAGGAGGAGGGACUAAGACAUUGAUUGAGUGGAGUCCACGUCCCGCGCCGGAGCCGCCACCAUGGACAGACGCCCACCCGGACCCUGCCCUAUUGUUUUGCUGUGCGUCCGGGUCGUAAUAUAUUGUGUUUGUCUUCAUUUAUUUGGUCAGGCCAGGGUGUGACAUGGGUUUAUUGUGGUGUGUUUAACUGUUUAACUGCACCUCCUUCAAGGCUGUUGGAAAAGCAUUCCAGGUGAAGCUGUUUGAGAGAAUGCUCUUUAUGUAAUACAUGUAUCACUAGCCACUUUAACUAUGCCACUUUGUUUACAUACUCAUCUCAUAUGUAUAUACUGUACUCUAUAUCAUCUACUGCAUCCUUAUGUAAUACAUGUAUCACUAGCCACUUUAACUAUGCCCCUUUGUUUACAUACUCAUCUCAUAUGUAUAUACUGUACUCUAUAUCAUCUACUGCAUCCUUAUGUAAUACAUGUAUCACUAGCCACUUUAACUAUGCCACUUUGUUUACAUACUCAUCUCAUAUGUAUAUACUGUACUCUAUAUCAUCUACUGCAUCCUUAUGUAAUACAUGUAUCACUAGCCACUUUAACUAUGCCACUUUGUUUACAUACUCAUCUCAUAUGUAUAUACUGUACUCUAUAUCAUCUACUGCAUCCUUAUGUAAUACAUGUAGCACUAGCCACUUUAACUAUGCCACUUUGUUUACAUACUCAUCUCAUAUGUAUAUACUGUACUCUAUAUCAUCUACUGCAUCCUUAUGUAAUACAUGUAUCACUAGCCACUUUAACUAUGCCCCUUUGUUUACAUACUCAUCUCAUAUGUAUAUACUGUACUCUAUAUCAUCUACUGCAUCCUUAUGUAAUACAUGUAUCACUAGCCACUUUAACUAUGCCACUUUGUUUACAUACUCAUCUCAUAUGUAUAUACUGUACUCUAUAUCAUCUACUGCAUCCUUAUGUAAUACAUGUAUCACUAGCCACUUUAACUAUGCCACUUUGUUUACAUACUCAUCUCAUGAAGAAAUUAGGCUUGUCACCAAAAGCACUCACAAACUUCUACAGAUGCACAAUCGAGAGCAUCCUGUCGGGCUGUAUCACCGCCUGGUACGGCAACUGCUCCGCCCUCAACCGUAAGGCUCUCCAGAGGGUAGUGAGGUCUGCACAACGCAUCACCGGGGGCAAACUACCUGCCCUCCAGGACACCUACACCACCCGAUGUUACAGGAAGGCCAUAAAGAUCAUCAAGGACAUCAACCACCCGAGCCACUGCCUGUUCACCCCGCUAACAUCCAGAAGGCGAGCUGGAUGAGUCAACAGGCCUGGCACAGCUCCUGGUAUAUGUCUGUUACAGCUGGAUGAGUCAACAGGCCUGGCACAGCUCCUGGUAUAUGUCUGUUACAGCUGGAUGAGUCAACAGGCCUGGCACAGCUCCUGGUAUAUGUCUGUUACAGCUGGAUGAGUCAACAGGCCUGGCACAGCUCCUGGUAUAUGUCUGUUACAGCUGGAUGAGUCAACAGGCCAGGCACAGCUCCUGGUAUAUGUCUGUUACAGCUGGAUGAGUCAACAGGCCAGGCACAGCUCCUGGUAUAUGUCUGUUACAGCUGGAUGAGUCAACAGGCCUGGCACAGCUCCUGGUAUAUGUCUGUUACAGCUGGAUGAGUCAACAGGCCUGGCACAGCUCCUGGUAUAUGUCUGUUGCAGCUGGAUGAGUCAACAGACGUGGUGGGCCUGCCACAGCUCCUGGUAUAUGUCUGUUACAGCUGGAUGAGUCAACAGGCCUGGCACAGCUCCUGGUAUAUGUCUGUUACAGCUGGAUGAGUCAACAGACGUGGCUGGCCUGCCACAGCUCCUGGUAUAUGUCUGUUACAGCUGGAUGAGUCAACAGGCCUGGCACAGCUCCUGGUAUAUGUCUGUUACAGCUGGAUGAGUCAACAGGCCUGGCACAGCUCCUGGUAUAUGUCUGUUACAGCUGGAUGAGUCAACAGGCGUGGAGGGUCUGUCACAGCUCCUGGUGUAUGUCUGUUACAGCUGGAUGAGUCAACAGGCCUGGCACAGCUCCUGGUAUAUGUCUGUUACAGCUGGAUGAGUCAACAGGCCUGGCACAGCUCCUGGUAUAUGUCUGUUACAGCUGGAUGAGUCAACAGACGUGGGGGGCCUGGCACAGCUCCUGGUAUAUGUCUGUUACAGCUGGAUGAGUCAACAGACAUGGCGGGCCUGGCACAGCUCCUGGUAUAUGUCCGUUACGUUUAUGGGGGUCAAUUAAGGAAGACAUAAUCUUCUGGAAACCAGGACAACAAGAGAGGAUAUUUAUAAAGUACUGGACAGUUUUGUGACAUUAAAUGGACUUUGGUGUUCUACAUGUGUUGGUAUCUGUACUGAUGGCGCAAAAGCCAUGACAGGGAGACAUAGUGGAGUGGUAACGCGCAUGCAAGCAGUUGCUCCUGACACCACUUGGGUACAGUGCAGCAUCCACCGAGAGGCUCAUGCUGCCACGGGAAUGCCUGACAGCUUGAAAUACGUUUUGGACACUACAGUGAAAAUGGUUAACUUUGUUAAAGCAAGGCCCCUGAACUCUUGAGUAUUUUAUGCAUUAUACAAUGAUAUUUGUCACACUCUGACCAUGAUUUGCGUUGUUUGUUUCUAUGUUUUGUUUGGUCAGGGUGUGAUAGGAGUGUGCAUUCUAUGUCGUAUGUCUAGUUUGUCUAUUUCUAUGUGUUUUGGCCUGAUAUGGUUCCCAAUCAGUGGCAGGUGUUUGUCUUCGUCUCUGAUUGGGAACCAUAUUUAGGUAGCCUGUGUUGUAUUGUAGUUUGUGGGUUAUUGUCUAUGUGUAGUUGCCUGCGUCUGCACUCGUUGUCAUGGCGCCACGGUCGUUUUGUUGUUAUUUGUUUAAGUGUUCUUCGUGUUCUUCAUUAAAUAAAGAAGAAUGGAUUCACA